AUGAAACUAUGGGUUGAUGCUCUUUGUAUCGAUCAAAGUAAUAUCGCUGAGCGAAGCCAUCAAGUUUUGUUGAUGGAGACCGUCUACAAGAAGGCUUUUGCGGUAGUUACUUGGCUUGGAGAAGAAGGUGACGACAGUGAUGCGGCGAUUGGGUUCAUCUUGGCCAUCUGUCGACGAGCUUCACGGGGUCAAAAGCUCAAACACCUCGGACUGUCUCCAAUAGAAAUUUCGUCAGAAUAUAAAUCGGAUUUUCUCAAUUUGCCUUGGAAAGCAUUGUUUAAGUUUUUAUCUCGAAGGUAUUGGCGCCGUCUGUGGAUCGUACAAGAACUGGCUCUUAACCAUCACAUGACGCUGUUUAUGUGUGGGAAGAGCCAAAUAUCCCGAAGCAUGAUUAUUCGGACUUGCAAAUCCUGGCGUGAUCCGCGUGGUUCCACUUACGGGAGUUUAUGGCCUACGGUUUGGCAUGUCGAUAUUCUACUGCGUACCACGCAAGAAUGGAAAGACACUGGACUAGCUAGUAUUCUAGACCUUAGCCGGGACGCAACUACUGGGGACAUUCUGCACAUACGAGGUAUCAUUUUCGAUUGGGUGUCGAGUAUGAGCGCAUCGCUUUCUGAAAAAGACGUGUCGCGAGCCGCUACUCAAGACUUAGCUGCUCCAAGGGAGACAAGCAACAAUUUUCACGUCUACGGAGACAAACUCAGUGAGGCUCUCGAGAGAACUUUGAUGAUGAACCACCCUUCGAACCGUGCCAAAGAUGUGUCGAUAUUCGAGAUUUACUGGGCAGACAUCAGCACUUUUGGUGAUGAUCUGGGUGCUUACCAAAAUACUCAUUCUUCGUUUCGAAAAGCCAUGCAAGCUGUCUUGAGUACCUAUCGCUGGGAAUUAUUUAACGGUUUCCGCAACAUCAACGCUGAGUAUCUUGUCUUUGGUCGCAAAUUCAGAGAUUUCUUCCCACCUAACUUCCGCGAAUCGUACCCCGGACCCGACCUUACUACUGGACACGCUCGCGAAAUGCUUAUUUCUUCUAUCGCACUUGUUGGUCGCAGAAUAAUCGCUACGAAAGGCGGUUAUAUUGGACUAUUACCCGAACAAGUUCAGAUAGGUGAUGUGAUCGCAAUUCUGUUUGGGUGCAGUUUUCCAGUCGUGUUAAGACCAUCUGGACACCAAUACAUUUACAUUGGGGAAUGCUAUAUUGACGGGAUCAUGGAUGGCGAGAUUCUAGAGCAAAAGAACAGCAUCCAAUAUAAAGAGGUGGAUAUUGAAAUUUGCUAA